UAUUUCGUGGAUAUGACAGAUUUCCUAACCUGAAUAGUCAUCAACUUUUAAAACUUUAACAAUUAAUAUCUUGGUUCACGGGGCAGAACGACGCUUUUUUUCUUGUCAAAUCUUAAUUUUUACGCGAAAACGCAUCAAUUAAGUAUAUUUUUAUCAAAAUUUAAGGUGAGCAGGGUAUUCUCAACGUUUAUCCUUUUUUGUACCAAAUUCUUUCGUUUUACGCAAAAACGCGUCAAAAAAGCCUAAUUUUAUUGAUUUUUGAGGUGCAAGGGGCUAAACUGUAUAAUUACCAUGUCGUAUCUACUUGCUUCUGAUCUAUUCAUCAUUUGACAAUAUGAUGCCAAAUAUGGAUGUAUAUGAUAGUUUAUACUUAUAUGCCACUCCAGAGAAGUUUUUCGUCGAACCAGUUGGAACCAAGGUUCUGCUAGUAGUAGAUAGAGUGAGUCAGCAGAUCUAUACUCAAGUCGGCACUGCUAAUCAGAUUCCAACAACUGCCAGCCGUAGAAAAAUAUGGGGACUGGUAGGAACUAUACACCUCUUGGCAUGUCGUUACCUUAUUGUUGUUACGGAUGCUCAGAUGUGUGGGACUAUAGCUGGGCAUAACAUCUUUAAAAUAUCUUCAACAGAUGUGAUACCCUAUACUAGGUCCUUUUUGCAUUUGACUGAGAAACAGGUCCAAAAUAAUUCUACAUACCUGGAGAUGGUAAAAUCUGUCUUAAACACACCAUACUUUUACUUCAGUUACACCUAUGACCUUAGUCAUACUAUGCAGAGGCUGCAUAACACAACACCUGAAUUCUUACAAAUGCCACUUCAUGACAGAGCAGAUCCUAGAUUCGUAUGGAACGCUUAUCUUCUGCAGGACCUAAGUGCAAGACCAGAGCAAUACAAAUUUUGUUUACCUAUUAUUCAUGGCUUCAUCUCGCUGAAUACAGUGGUUGUGAAUGGUGUUGCAUUCAAUUGGGGUAUUAUCUCUAGACGUGGUAUACAUCGUGCUGGAACAAGAUUAUUUUCACGUGGUAUAGAUGCCACUGGGAAUGUAUCCAAUUAUGUAGAGACAGAACAACUGAUUGAGGUGAAUGGCAAUUGCAGUUCCUUUGUGCAAACACGUGGAUCCAUUCCUCUGUUUUGGUAUCAAGCACCAAAUUUAAAGUACAAGCCAAAGCCACAGAUCAGUCCACACGAGGAUCAUCAAAGCGCUUGUGCUCGUCACUUUGACGUUCAAAUCUUUCAUUAUGGAAAGCAAAUUCUAGUGAAUUUGAUUGAUCAGCGUGGACCAGAAGCAUUACUAGAAAACGCAUAUCGUAAUUUAGUGCAAAGAAUUAACAACCAAAAUAUUCGAUAUGAGGCUUUUGAUUUUCAUGCGGAAUGCAGAAGACUGAGAUGGGACAAAUUGAACACUUUAAUGGACCGAUUAGCGCAUGAUCAAGAACAGAUGGGGUAUUUCUUAUUGAUGAGAGACGGAGCAUUGCUUUCGGCUCAGGAUGGUGUUUUCCGUACAAAUUGUAUCGACUGUUUAGACCGAACAAAUGUUGUACAAAGCAUGCUGGCAAAGCGAGUUCUUAACGAAGUAUUGAACAGGCUAGAGAUACUUAGAAAGGUGGAAGAUCAUCCUGCAUUUGAAAAUCUUUUUAAACAGAUUUGGGCGGAUAACGCAGAUGUAAUAAGCAUCCAAUAUUCGGGUACAGGGGCGUUGAAAACUGACUUUACACGAACUGGAAAGCGCACAAAAUUGGGUGCAAUGAAAGAUGGUUUAAAUUCUUUGACGAGAUAUUACAAGAACAAUUUCGCCGAUGGAUAUAGACAAGAUUCGUUGGAGCUCUUUCUAGGUCGUUACAUCGUCCAGGAUGGUGAAUGUACUUCCAUUCAAUGUCCCUUGGAAUCCGAACGAAAUUGGCGUUAUGCUACAUUCCCACUUGUUCUUUUAGUCGCGUCCUCGAUGUUGGUCGCUCACAUAAUCUUACCAUCGCGAUACACAACGGAAAUAUUACUCUAUAUGUUAUUCUGGGGCGCCAUGGUGGCCGGCACCUUCGCCACCAUUAUCCACCAUGGCAAGCAAUAUGUCGAUAAGCCAAAAUUACUUUAGAACUAAUUAAUGAUUUUAUAAAAUUUUAAAUUAUAUAUAUUGUACAAUAUGGAUAACCAAUGGCGAUAAGUAACUAUAGAAUUAUUAGUUUUGCACAAUUAUCAAUUAAUCGUCAACAGUUAUCAAUUGAUAUUUCGGUUUUUGUUUUGCGCCACAAAAAUAGAUUUCAUCAUGCGACAACUGAUUAACAACGCCUAUUUUCAUAAAGUUAAUUUAUGUUGAUUUUCUGUUCCCAUUUUACAGUUACACAAUCACAAGCAGUUGUAUCUGUCAAAUGAACUUUUAUUUUAGUAUAAGGUUGAUAGGGGGGCAUAGUGUUCAUUUACAAAUUAUUAUUACAGUAAAAUUUGCACUUUUCGCAUAAUAGAGCAUAGUGGAGUCUAUUCUCGCGAACGACAUUCGUUUCUUAAGAUUCGCUUGACAUUUUGUGACAAGCUUUUCUGACAUAUUGUAAAAGAUCAAGUCAUUAAUCUCUGGUAGGAUAAGCAGUAAGAUAGCCUGAAGAUCUUCAAAUGAGAGAUUGAACACGAGAAUUUGAUGUACUAUAUUUUUCAGGACUUGCUUAAGAUAAAAUGGGAUAUUCACGCAUCUCAUUCUAUCUCAUGAGCUUUAUACAUUACCUAAGCCUUAAGUCAUAA